CCGCGUUCAAAAUGGCAUUCAGCGUCGAAACCCAAGCCAGCCAAAAUAGGCCAAAGAGCGAAUCAAACAACAGCAUCGAGCAAUCCAAGAACACCAACAACAACUGUCAGAACAACAUCUCCGAUUAUACUUACGGCACCAACUCAAACAGCAACCACACGGAAUACCGAAAAUCCCAAAGAUAUAAUAUUGAUGAUCCAGGAGCCAGCACGAGUACAGGCAACAACAUACGAGGCGCACGAAAAGCAGAGCAACGUGGCAACAACUGGCGAGAGAAUCUACUCGUCAAAUUGCAAUUGCUCGCAGAAGAGAACCGAGAGAAUAGUGCCUACGAAGGAUUCGCCUAUGUUGACGACGUCAAACUCCACAACGAUACCAAUUGUUAUAAAUACGCAGCCGAAUCCAAGAAUCAUACUAAUCAAGGUGCCCACGCACUGCAACAGCAGCAACAACAGCAAGAGCAACAGGACAGAGCAGAGCGCGCCUCGAACUCGUCUUAUCAGAAUACCCUUUUUACCUGGGUCGGUACCAACAACGGCUUCUUUGAAUCGUGCUUUGACUUCAGCGAGCUCUUCAGUAAACUUUACGACUUCGGCGACAGCAUCCCGUAUCGUGACGCCAACAUCCCGUAUCCCGUUGACUGGGACAAUAUACCCACAAGAACCGUGCUCGAGCAGCUUAGUUUCGCAAGUAAACCAGGUCGUGAACGGCCAAAUGGUAGGUCCACCGACUGUUCAAACGGUGACGCAAACGGUCCAGGUUUCGAGCACGCCCCAGACUCUGGCAUCAAUGGCUGGUAUACAGUUGACAGGUGCAGACAUGCAGUCCCACCAGGAUAUGAGUGGAGCAAUGCCUACUGCUACAGUUGAAGAGAUAGAUGUACCGGUGUUCAUUGAUGAAUUCCUGCAAAAUAUAGAAACUACGUCGUCGACGAGCAACAGCGGAAAAAGCGAGGAGUUUGAAAAAGAGAUUAAUAGUGAGACGGAUAUAUUUGACUUUGACUUUGAUAUAAACCUGAUUGCCGAGGAUCACAUUGAGCGCAAGGAAAUGGAUCAGUGCAAUCGGGACUUGGAUAGCAUUUGCAGCGACAACAUUUACGACUUAAGCGGAAUGGGUGAAUUUGAAAUUCAACAAUUGGAGAGUGCUGUGGAGCCGGCAAUUGACAUGGGUUCAAUGUGCAAUAACAUCGAUAUCGGAAGCAACCUGUAUGAAGAUCUUGAUUUUGGAAGCAUACUGACUAGCGAUGCAAAUCCUAUGCUGGCCAAUUUCUCGCAGGGCUCCAUUCCGUAUUCAUCUAGCCAAACUAAAUACAUCGAGGAACUACCUAUACCAGCUGACGAGAACAGCAGGGAAAACUACUAUGGCUGCAGCCAGCAGUCGCUGGGCUUCGGCCUUGGUCCUCUGGUUGGUAUCAAUGAAGAUGUUUGCAGUGCUGUAGUUGUGCCGGAAACCCUAUCCAACCCGUGUUUGGGCGUCAAGCGUACGGCCUCUGCAGCUUCUCUUUUCUCUACAAUUGAACCUACGCCACAGAAGCGCAGUAAACUAUUCCUUAACAUUAACAAAUCGCAGAUCAGCUCUUCAGAUGUCAUGAAUACCCCUGAUAUCAUUGAUAUCAUUGAUGAUCUGAAUACAGCUAGCAACAUCUCCAACCAUGACCAAAUUUAUGAGGAGCUGCGCAGCGCAGAGGAUAACCCUGCAUUAACCCAACUACCAGAUUUCUCAGCGCCAGGCACACCCAAUAGUACAUAUUCCAUUAGCACCUCUACCUCGCAUGUACCAACUUGCCAGACAGGAUUUGCUGGUUUAAUCACAGCACCCGUAUCACCUGCUUUCUCCACCGUCAGUACAUCAGCACUCAGCGUCGCAACAUCGAUCAAUGACAGCGUCAAGCGCAAGCGUGGACGUCCUGCCAAAGAGCACGCUGAUGGCCCGGAUCCAGAGCUAAUGUCCCGAAUGACAGAGGAAGAGGCAAAGGCAUACCGAGAUCGUCUUAAGAACAAUGAGGCUAGUCGCGUGUCGCGCAAGAAGACCAGGAAUCGCGAGGAGGAGGAGAAACGUGAAGAGGAAGCCCUGCAAGCGAGAAACGACGAACUAAACGCCGAUCUGAAACGAUUGCUUCGCCGAACUAAACGUAUUGCGGAUUUCCUUGAAAAAAACUUUCAUAUUAAUAGCACGUACAUCAAGCCCGAACCUGAGCAUUAAGAUUCUAAUAGCCAUGCCAUAGUCAAACUGUCGUACCUCUCGAUUGUCGCAUAUUGCGAUGCAGAGCUCUAGUUGUAACAAGAUAAUUUUUAUUCAUCCAUUAAGUUAAUGUUGUCGCUGAAGAAGUCGUUGUAGAAUGUGGAAUCCACUCAAGAAACCACAGAAAAAAUAAUCAGAACAGAUAAUUGCUUGAGCAAUUAAUUAAAUACUUUUAUAUUGUUAUUAGUAACUAAGAAACUGUGCAUACUUAAUCACAAAAGCGCCAUAUAAAAUGCGCAUGAUUUUUAAAAAAAAAAAUGUAUUAGCACUCUAUUAUGUUUGAAAUUAUGAAAUUUUAACCACUUGUUUUAUAUACCUGUUUAUGUACUACUUGUAAUCAACAAAACGUAUCUUCAAGCUGAAAGCAGCAAGAAAAAAAAAAAACAAAAAAAAAAUAAAUAUUUACCCAUAUAUAUUAAGAAUUAUUAUAUACAAACAUACUAUAAAUAAAGUACAUGUGCUGAAGGCCGUGACAAAAUCAAA